AUGUUGUUUCAACGCGGACAGCCCAAAGACAGCGAGCAUGUUGAUCAGAUGCAAAAUCCAGGAAAUCUCGAGACGGGUGGGAAACCUCUUGUUGGUGUGAUAUUCUUUUUCGCAUCGCAGAUGUCUCGUAACAUCCAAACUGCCAGAAUCCCAUCUGGCGUGGAGCCAUCGUCUCACAGCCAAUCUGAGCCACCAAAGGUGCACCGUCUCGACAACUUCUUAUCAGAGGUUCAGGAACAUGCACAUGCAAGUCCACUUGUCACAAAAUUCGAGACUAUUCCGAUUGAGAUGGCUCCUCCUAGCCGCCCACGGGAAACAACUCGUGACGCCAUGCACGACACGCUGUUGCUUGUCAAUUUCAAGAACAAACAGGCAUGGCAGGAAUGGAUUCAGACGAAAUAA